AUCUCGAGGAAAGCUCGAGCAUCACUCUACUUUCUGCCGUUUCAUCUCUCCACCGCCCUGCCAUGCGCCGCUCCGCCUCCUCUUGACAGCAUCCACUUGUCGACAACUGCUCAGAUUGGCGACAACACCUCCAACAUGUCGGAGGAACCUCGCAAGCGAUCCCGCUUCGACCAGGCGCCCAGCGAAGAGCCGCCGCGCAAAUCGCGUUUUGACCGCCGCUCGCGCAGCCCCUCGACUAAGGAUCCAGAGGCCUCCGCACGCGAGCGCAGUCCCGUGAAGAGCGUGGAGUCGCCAGCUGCCGGCGAAAAGAAGGACGAGGCCAAAGAUCCGGCCGCUAUUGCUGCAGCCGCAGCUGCCCGCAUUAGUGCCUCGUUGCAAAAGAGCAAAGGCAUUCAGCAGGUCGAAGUGCCGCCGAUCCGCAAGCCAUCUACAGCCGAAGCCGGUGCUUCCAAGUCGCCAUCAGCCCCCGCAGCAGGCUCUUCUCUGAGCAACGACAUUUACCAGCAAGAUGGUGACUUUAUCAAGGAUAUCGAGGUCAAUGAUCUGCGCAAUCGCUACACGUUGACUAAAGGCAGCACCCAGAAGAUGCCACCGACGGCCACCCCCAUUUGCAUCUGCUGACCUCAAUGUGACAUCUAGAUUAAAGAGGAAACUGGCGCCGAUGUCACUACUCGUGGAAAUUACUAUCCCGAUAAGAGCAUGGCUACGGCAGCGAACCCACCACUUUACCUGCACGUUACGAGCACGACCAAGGAUGGCUUGGAGCAAGCUGUGAAGAAGAUCGAAGAGCUCAUGCAGCAGGAGCUGCCGAACCUGAUCGACGAACGUCGCUUCCGUCGCCGCGAGGAGCCUCGAGAACAGCCCGAUCGUGACCACCUAGGUCGCCGCAAAUGGCCCGAGAAGCAAAUUCCCAUCGACCUCGAACCGAUUCCAGGAUUCAACUUGCGCGCGCAAGUGGUAGGCUCCGGAGGCAGUUAUGUGAAGCAUAUUCAGCAAGAGACGAGAUGCCGUGUGCAGAUCAAAGGUCGUGGAAGUGGUUUCAUGGAACACGAUACGGGCCGCGAGAGUGAUGAACAGAUGUACUUGCACGUCGCAGGUCCAGAGCAGGCCAUGGUUGAUUCAGCCGAGGAGAUGUGUAAGUCACUGCUCGAUUCCGUGCGCCAGCAAUACCAAGAAUUCAAGGAGCGUCCUGCGCGAGGUCCUGGAGGCGGACGUGGUGGAUACGGCGGAGACGAUCGUGGCGGAUACCAUGGCCGUGGUGGCGACCGCCAGAACUCGGGUUCGUACGGAGGUGGCAGCGCUUACGGAAAUGGCGGAGGCAGCGCCUAUGGGGGCGCAUACGGUGCCACCGGCCAGCCAGAUCCUUAUGCGCAGGCGAACCCAUACGACCAGUAUGCUCAAGCAGCUGCACAAGGCUAUGGUAGCGCACAAUCCCCAACAGCAGCACAGCAGGGUGCCGCAGCAGCAGCGCCAACAGAUCCGGCUGAGCAGCAGAAGCAGUACGAGGCCUGGGCUGCAUACUAUGCUGCAAAUCCGCAAGCUGACCCUUACGCUGCUUACGGUGGUUAUGCAGCAGUCAUGGCUCAGUACAUGCAACCAGGUGCCGCGGCCGCUGCUGCACAGUACCAAGGAUAUGGUCAGCCGUCUCAGACACCUGUCGACUACAGCAAUGGAGUGCCUCCUCCGCCACCUCAGGAUGGUCAGCAGGCUGCAUCAGGACCUCCAGGCGCAUACAACCCCUACAGUGCUGUCCCUCCUCCACCGGGCAUGUAGUGCAGCUCGGGGCAUGUCACAUAUGGAUAGGACGCCCAGAGCUCAUAUUGUGGAAUUGGGAAAGAGCACUCCUCAGCCGCGUGCUUUUAUUUGAAGGGCACGUUGUCCAGAUAUGGGCAACAGGAGUUGAAAUUUGCUCCAAGCAUCAGCGCUGGGAAGUUGGCACAUUGCAAUGUUCUACAGCCUCCGAAAAGCGAGAGAAAUGCCUCUGAACUCUAGUAUCUCUGUUCUCG